GCGGCUGGCUCGCCGCCUUCCUCCUGUUUCCAUUCGCCGCCGCUCGGUGCUGCUGCCCACAGCGCCCGCCGCUCAUCCGCGCUCCAGCCCGCGCCGCCAUGGGGACCCCUCAAGGCGGCCCCGGGCGAGGCGGCCUCCGCUUCCUCGUCCUCCUCCUGCUUCUGUCGCCCGUGCGGGUACUCCCACAAACGUGUGUCUGGUAUGGAGAAUGUGGAGUUGCUUCUGGAGACAAGAGGUACAACUGUGCUUAUGAUGGGCCACCAAUAGCACUACCAGAAGAUGGUUAUGACUUAAUGCAGGAACUCUGUCCAGGUUUAUUCUUUGGCAAUGUUAGCACUUGCUGUGAUGUUCAUCAGCUUCAGACUUUGAAAAAUAACUUGCAGCUGCCUCUGCAGUUUCUCUCCAGAUGUCCUUCGUGUUUUUACAACUUGAUAAACCUCUUCUGUGAACUGACUUGUAGUCCAAAUCAGUCUGACUUUUUGAAUGUUACAAGCACUAUACCUUAUGAGAACAAAAGUAGCAUUACAGAGCUGCAGUACUUUAUUGGAGAUCGAUUUGCUAAUGCAAUGUACAAUGCCUGCAAAGAUGUGGAGGCUCCAUCGAGCAAUGUUAAAGCACUGGGGUUGCUGUGUGGGAAGGAUGUCAAGGACUGCAAUGCAACCAACUGGAUUGAGUACAUGUUUAGUAAAGACAAUGGACAAACUCCUUUCAGCAUAAUUCCAAUCUUUUCGGAUGUUCCUGUCCAUGGAAUGAAGCCUAUGAAUAAUGCUACCAAAGGCUGUAAUGAGUCUAUGGAUGAUUCAACAGGACCAUGCAGCUGUCAGGACUGUUCAAUUGUUUGUGGUCCGAAACCUCAACCCCCUCCAUUGCCUCCUCCUUGGCUGUUGUUUGGUUUGGAUGCUGUAUAUGUCAUCAUGUGGAUCUCAUACAUGGGCUUUCUACUCAUAUUUUUUGCACUGGUUUUUGGAGUCUGGUGUUACAGGCGGCGCCACUUUGUCUCAGAGUACACCCCAAUUGACAGCAAUGUAGCCUUUUCUGCAAAUUCUCACCGUGACCAUGGAAACAUUACAUGUGGUGAAAGGCUUGGUGAAAGGUUUGAGAAUGGCCUGAGGAUGACAUUUACUUCAUGGGGGGCUUUCUGCGUCAGAAAUCCACGUCCUGUUAUCCUUUUCUCUGUGGUCUUCAUUGCAAUGUGCUGCUCAGGCUUUGUAUAUAUUAAAGCAACUACAAAUCCUGUAGAUCUCUGGUCAGCCCCAAGCAGCCAAGCCCGCAAGGAGAAGGAAUACUUUGACACACACUUUGGGCCUUUCUUCCGUACUGAACAGAUUAUCAUUCAAGCACCGAAGAGUCGCCCAGACACCUACUCACCUUACCCAUCAGGAGAAGAUGUACCUUUUGGGCCUCCCCUUACUAAAGAUAUUCUCCAUCAGGUACUGGAUUUGCAGGAUGCUAUUGUCAACAUAACUGCUUCUUAUGACAAUGAGACUGUAAUGCUGAAGGACAUUUGCCUGGCUCCUCUUGCUCCCUACAACAACAACUGCACUAUCCUGAGUGUACUCAACUACUUUCAGAAUAGCCAUUCUGUUCUGGAUCACACUGUUGGGGAUGAGUUCUUUGUCUAUGCUGAUUACCACACUCACUUCUUAUACUGUGUUCGGGCUCCAGCAUCACUGAAUGACACAAGCUUGCUUCACGAUCCCUGCUUAGGAACGUUUGGUGGACCUGUAUUUCCAUGGCUGGUGUUGGGAGGAUACGAUGAUGAUAACUAUAAUAAUGCUACAGCUCUUGUUAUUACUUUUCCUGUCAACAACUACUACAAUGAUUCAAAAAAGCUGAUGAAAGCCUUGGCAUGGGAAAAAGAAUUUAUUAACUUUCUGAAGAACUAUAAUAAUUCAAACUUAACAAUAUCAUUUUCUGCUGAACGGAGUAUUGAAGACGAGAUCAAUCGUGAAAGCAACAGUGAUGUCAGCGUUGUGUUGAUAAGCUAUAUUGUGAUGUUUGUGUACAUCUCAAUAGCUUUGGGACAUAUCCAGAGCUGUAGAAGACUGCUGGUGGAUUCGAAGAUCUCUCUGGGCAUUGCAGGCAUCCUGAUUGUACUGAGCUCAGUAGCAUGUUCUAUAGGCAUUUUCAGCUACUUUGGAAUACCACUGACACUGAUUGUGAUAGAAGUAAUUCCUUUCUUGGUGCUGGCUAUUGGAGUGGACAACAUCUUCAUUAUGGUUCAGACACUUCAGAGAGAUGAACGCAUUCAGGGUGAAACUCUGGAUAAACAGAUUGGCAGAGUCUUGGGAGAUGUGGCACCCAGUAUGUUUCUCUCAUCCUUUUCGGAGACUGUGGCAUUCUUUCUUGGGACACUGUCUACGAUGCCAGCGGUUCGCACGUUCUCCCUGUUUGCUGGAAUGGCUGUGCUCAUAGACUUUAUUCUUCAAGUCACUUGCUUCGUGAGUCUCCUGGGCUUGGAUAUUAAGCGUCAAGAGAGUAAUAGACUGGAUAUUCUGUGUUGCAUCAAAAGCAGUGAAGAAAUGAGUGGAGUCCAGCGUUCUGAGAACAUGUUAUUUCUGUUCUUCAAAAAUCUGUUUUCUCCGUAUCUGCUUAAGGAUUGGAUGAGACCAAUAGUAAUAGCAGUGUUUGUGGGUAUCCUGUCAUUCAGUGCAGCAGUUAUGCACAAUGUAGAGAUUGGACUAGAUCAGUCUCUCUCAAUGCCAGAUGACUCCUAUGUAAUAGAUUACUUCAGCCACAUCAGCAAGUACCUGCACGCGGGUCCCCCUGUCUACUUUGUCCUAGAAGAAGGACACAACUACACCUCUUUGGAAGGGCAGAACAUGGUGUGUGGUGGAAUGGGAUGUAAUAAUGAUUCACUUGUCCAGCAAAUCUUCAAUGCUGCAGAAAUUGGUAGCUACACAAGGAUAGGCUAUGCCCCAUCAUCCUGGAUUGAUGACUACUUUGACUGGGUGAAGCCACAGUCGUCCUGUUGCAGAGUGUACAAUACCACUGGACAGUUCUGCAAUGCUUCAGUCAGCGAUCCAUCCUGCACCCGUUGUCGACCACUGACUCCAGAAGGCAAGCAGAGACCACAGGGUGAAGACUUCAUGACCUUUUUGCCAAUGUUCCUGUCAGACAACCCUAAUCCUAAAUGUGGCAAAGGAGGACAUGCUGCGUAUUACUCCGCUGUCAACUUUAUAAACAACAAAACUGAGAUUGGAGCCACUUACUUUAUGACUUACCAUACUGUACUGAAAACAUCAUCUGAUUUUAUUGAUGCUAUGAGGAAAGCUCGGAUUAUAGCAGACAAUAUUACUGAAACCAUGGGCAUCAAAGAGAAGAACUACCGAGUGUUUCCGUACAGUGUGUUUUAUGUCUUCUAUGAACAAUACUUGACAAUUGUGCACGAUGCUAUCUUUAACCUCUGCAUCUCUUUGGGAUCAAUAUUUUUGGUGACAACUGUGCUUCUUGGUUUUGAAGUAUGGGCUGCUGUUGUGGUUUCAAUAACUAUUGCUAUGAUAAUCGUCAACAUGUUUGGAGUGAUGUGGCUCUGGGGCAUCAGCUUGAAUGCAGUUUCAUUAGUAAAUCUUGUCAUGAGCUGUGGUAUUGCUGUGGAAUUCUGCAGUCAUGUGACAAGGGCAUUCACCAUCAGUACCAAGGGCAGUAGAGUGGAGCGUGCAGAAGAAGCUCUGUCUCACAUGGGCAGCUCAGUUUUCAGUGGUAUCACGCUGACCAAAUUUGGAGGAAUUGUAGUAUUGGCUUUUUCCAAAUCUCAAAUCUUCAAGAUAUUCUACUUCAGGAUGUAUCUUGCUAUGGUUGUGCUGGGAGCAACACAUGGACUGAUAUUUCUUCCAGUUCUGCUUAGUUACAUAGGCCCAUCAGUAAAUAAAGCUAAAACUCGUGCUGCACAAGAGAGGACCAGAGGUACAGAACGGGAGAGACUCCUCUACUUCUAGUUUUUAACAGUGUUCAGUGGACUGCCUGAACUGUGGCUUAGGCACAGCUCCUAAGAACUGAAGUGCAGCAAUGUUCUAGUGACUAUCACACUGUAACCACCACAGACUUGACUCCUGCACAGAUUCAACUAGAAGAUACCAGCUGCAGCUUUAAACUCAGGAAAUGCUAAGUGUGGCUCAAGUAACAGUAUUACUAAAACUAGAUGUGUUAAUAAGAUUACUAAAACACUUCUGUUUUCAAGAGGUUGCAUCUUUUUCCUUCAAAAACCUAAACCAGCUGUAGUAAGAGCUGAAUAGCAUUUUGUCAAUGGAAUUGAGGUGAUGUGUAUGAGAAUGGACUGCUAAACCACUGACACUAAUUUUAAAUGCAGGUCAAUGCAAUUUUUGUCUCUAUUUUUAGGGGGAAGCCAUCACAAGUUGUAAUAUUUUUAG